AUGUCUAUUGAUUUCUAUAUCGCAUUCUCAACCAUCAAUGCUGUUAUUGUCUAUACAUUAGGCAAAUAUUCCACUUCUCAACCCUCAUCUCCGACAUACUUACAGACAUCUCCGGCACAAUUAGCCAAUAAAAUGCAAACCACUCGCACUGUAGUACACACUCAACCGAUUCACAAUUGUUUACCCAAUUCAGGUAUAGACCAACAACUCCUCCUUCAGUUAUAUAUCUGCUCAAUAAUGCUGGCCUUUGGUUACUUAAUAUCUAACGCUAUUAGUAGUGGUGAUUAUGAGACAUAUACAAAACUAUGUGAUCCACAAAUGACCGCUUUUGAGCCAGGUGCUCUGGGCAAUUUGGUCGAAGGAAUGGACUUUCAUAAAUUUUACUUUGAUAAUGUUUUAGGCAAAAAUUCGAAAGGACUCAACACUACUAUUCUUAAUCCAUCUGUUCAUCUGUUAGGAGAUGAUGCAGCCUGUAUCGCAUACAUUCGACUCACUCAAUACAUGGAUAAAUAUAAAGCGCUGAAUAAGAAACUAAACAAUCUGGUCACUCAUUCAGAUGUUCAAUAUAAAGCGCUGAAUAAGAAACUAAACAAUGUCAUCCAAUUAAAGAAGAAAUUCAUUGGAUCGGGUAGACCUGUGGAAGUGGCAGUUCUGCCAUUUGCCGUCCCUUUUAUGCCAAACACGAGUCUCUUCGGACUGUUGGGUGUGCGCCACACCUGA